AAAAAAAACAACAAAAACUCAUACAUCGGUGGAUUCCUUUUACCAAGCCAAUGGUUUAUAGAAAUAUUCAAAAUACUCAUCGUCCGACGAAAACAUCAUUGACCAUUGUGAUCAAAGUAGGCACAUCUUCGAUUUGUGAUGAAAAAACACAUUAUCCUCUACUUGGCAACUUAUCAAGGAUUGUGGAAACCAUUAUUCGAUUAAAACAACAAAAUCAUCGAGUGGUCUUGGUGACAAGUGCAGCUGUAGGGACUGGAUUACGAAGAUUGAAUUUACAAGAAAAGCCUACACGUCAAGCCUUAGUUCAAGCUAUUGCGGCUGUAGGUCAAGGUCGAUUGAUGAGCAUGUAUGAUGAUCUUUUUGGUCGAUUCAAUCAAACCGUGGCUCAACUCCUUUUGACGAAGAAUGAUUUAUCUCAAAGAUCACAAUAUUUGAAUGCUGUCAAUUGUCUUGAAGAAUUAUUGGAUAUGGGUGUCGUUCCUAUUGUCAACGAAAAUGAUACAAUAUCUUAUUCGGAAAUCAAAUUUGGAGACAAUGAUACACUCUCAGCCAUCACAGCAGGAAUGGUUAAAGCCGAUUAUUUGUUUUUACUGACAGAUGUGGAUUGUCUUUAUACUGAUAAUCCACGGACCAACCCUGACGCACAACCGAUCAUUAUGUGUGACGACUUGCAACAAUUAAAAUCAACCAUCACUGUUACAUCACCAGGUUCAUCUCUCGGCACAGGUGGUAUGGUGACCAAGUUGGUGGCUGCGGAUCUAGCAACAGCGGCAGGCGUGAUUACUGUGAUUACAAGAGGUGCCACUCCAGAAAACAUUUUGCCCAUCAUCGAAGCUCAAGAUAGUUAUACUGCUCCUUUACAUACUCGUUUUUUGGCCAAAUCACAACCAUUGGUGGAUCGAACUUGGUGGAUUUUACAUGGCUUACAUACUGCGGGAACUCUGGUUGUGGAUGAAGCUCUUGCUGAUGCCAUUCAUCCAUUUUUAUCACGACAAGGUAUUGCCAGUGCUUCGCUAUAUGCUCAUUCGGUUCAUCGUGUGGAAGGCCAUUUUGUGGAACAUCAAGCCGUACGUGUGGUUGUCCAACGACAUUGUGAAAAUGGUGUGGUGGAUCAGAUUACUGUGGCUAAAGGUUUGGUCAACUACUCCAGUGCGGAAAUCUUACGUAUCAUGCAAGCCCAACGUCAAAACAAGAUCACCGAUCUAGGCUAUACAAAGCUCCCCUGUAUCAUUGAUAAGGACAAUAUGGCUGUCUCCACUUGA